AUGAAGUAUCAAUCAUUACUUCAUUUGCCGUUGAAGAAAGAGGACGACCCCAAACAGAAAUGUGAUUGCUCCUGGCUACAAUGUGCCAAGACUAGACUCUGGAUGUGGACCCAUCCACUCCAAGCCACUGUCAUCUUUCACUUCGCGGUUCUUCUCAAAGCCCUUCCAGACCGCUACUCAUUCGUUCGAGCCCAAUUCUGGUUCUCCAUCGGAUUCGCCAUCUACAACAUCCUUCUCACAAGCGGAGUUGCUAAGAAAAGAUGCCUUCUCGGUUUCGCUCUCAAAACCUCGAUCCUCAAUCUCUUCUGGGCUAUGAUGUGUCUUGUCACAAUCCCUGUGGUUGUCACCUCUGUAACCAUGCCAUACGGAGAGAUGUGCGAUCCAAAACAGCAUAUCUGCGCCAAAGGAUUGGGAGGAGAUGAGUUCCAGCUUCAGAUGCUGAUGGGAAUGCUCGAAGAGCUAUACUUCCUCAUCAUCUUCUACGCAGAAAUCAAACGCUUCUUCGUUCUCGUCGAGCUCCGCGAUUUCGCGUCCUCUCAACAAAAUCAAGAUCGGCUAGGAGAAGCUAUCAAAAUGCUCUGA